CUGACAGAAAACAUAUCAUUCAUCAAAGCGCUGAAGCGACAGCCUCAGUAGUUAAAGCUGAACAAUUUCAGGCAGUGCGGAUUUGCAGAUUGUCUUCUGGGUUUUUUUUUUGAUCAGAUAUUUGGGGAUUCCUGGAAAAACCAAUGUCCAAACAAACUUACAGGGUCUGCUUCUGCUUCCGGAGGCGGUUUAGGCUGACAGUUUCGGAGGCACCAGAGGGGAUCAAGAAGUUGUUUGAACAGUACUCUGAGAAUGGGAUCAUGAACCUUGAUGGGCUGCAGAGGUUCUUGGUUGAGGUCCAGAAAGAAGAGAAGGCCACCAUAGAAGAUGCUCAGAAGAUUAUUGAUAGUGUUAAGCAUUUUCACAGAAAGGGUCUAAAUCUUGAAGCUUUUUUUAAGUACCUUUUUGGUGAUAUUAACCCUCCACUUGCUUCUCUUGGGGUGCACCAUGAUAUGAGUGCUCCUUUGUCUCAUUAUUUCAUAUAUACUGGUCACAAUUCCUAUCUAACUGGGAAUCAACUAAGUAGUGACUGCAGCGACGUCCCCAUCAUAAAUGCACUUAAGAGAGGUGUGAGAGUGAUAGAAUUGGACAUAUGGCCAAAUUCAGCAAAAGAUAAUGUUGAUGUUCUUCAUGGAAGGACUCUGACUACUCCUGUGGAACUCAUCCAGUGUUUGAAGUCUAUUAGGGAGCAUGCGUUUGUUGCCUCAGAAUAUCCAGUUGUUAUAACUCUAGAAGACCAUCUUGCCCCAGAUCUUCAGGCUAAAGUUGCCGAGAUGGUCACUCAAACAUUUGGAGACGUCCUGUUUUCUCCCGGCCCAGAAUGCUUAAAAGAAUUCCCCUCUCCAGAGUCAUUGAAGAAACGCAUAAUCAUAUCUACAAAACCACCGAAAGAAUACCUUGAGGCCAAAGAGGCCAAGGACAAGGAGAAUGAUGCAGAGAAGGGUAAGGCUGCCAGUGACGAAGAAGCUUGGGGAAAAGAAGUUCCAGACCUUAAAGGCAGUCAUGUAGCUGAUGAUAAGAAUGACUUGGAUGAAGAAGAUGAGGAAGAUCCUGAGGAUGGAGAUAAGUCACAGCAUAAUCUAGCCCCAGAAUAUAAACGUUUAAUUGCUAUUCAUGCUGGGAAGCCAAAGGGAGGAUUAGAUGAGUGGCUAAGGGUGGAUCCUGAUAAAGUGAGACGUCUUAGCAUGAGUGAGCAAGAACUUGAAAAGGCGGCAUUAACUCAUGGAAAACAAAUUGUCAGGUUUACCCAGCGGAAUAUUCUUAGGGUAUAUCCGAAGGGUAUACGUGUUGACUCUUCAAAUUACAACCCAUUAAUUGGGUGGAUGCAUGGAGCUCAAAUGGUUGCAUUUAAUAUGCAGGGUUAUGGAAGAUCAUUGUGGUUGAUGCAUGGAAUGUUCAAAGCUAAUGGGGGAUGUGGUUAUGUGAAAAAACCAGAUUUCCUAUUGAAGUCCGGUCCACAUGAUGAUGUCUUUGAUCCCAGCGUUAGGUUACCAGUGAAAACAGUUUUGAAGGUGACCGUGUAUAUGGGUGAAGGAUGGUAUCAUGAUUUCCAUCACACACAUUUUGAUGCAUAUUCGCCUCCAGACUUCUACGCAAGGGUGGGGAUUGCUGGAGUCCCAGCAGAUAAUGUGAUGAAGAAAACAAAGACAUUAGAAGACAAUUGGGUGCCUUCUUGGAAUGAGGAAUUCGAGUUCCCUCUAACUGUUCCAGAAUUGGCUCUACUUCGGAUUGAAGUACACGAAUAUGACAUGUCCGAAAAGGAUGACUUCGGAGGCCAAACAUGCCUACCAGUUUCAGAGCUAAGAAGUGGGAUCCGAGCAGUUCCCCUCAACAGCCGCAAGGGCGACAAGUACAACUCUGUAAAGCUCCUUAUGCGCUUUGAAUUGUCUGAUAUAAGAGUUUAAGAUUUCCUUGAAACCAACCCUCAAAUUCUUUGAUGGUAUUGUGAGCUUGUGUGCAGUUGUCUACUAGUGUUUGCUGUGUGACAUACCAUGAAUAAUAUCUGCUACGUAUUGCUGCUACCAUUGCGGCGUGUAAUUAGCAAUAUUUGUAGUCUGCUAUACAUAAGUAUGUGACAAAGAAUCUUACACCAGUUGUGUAAUUAGUAAGUUUGAUAUUAGUUUAUCUGUUAUUGUUGCUUUA